CUUUGACUGUACUGAGAGGGAAGGCCAGCGUUACAGGGAUGAGCGACGUGUUAUUGGAUAACUGGGCUGCGGUGCAACAUUGACUGUAUCAUUAGUCACAGUUACUAGGCGCAACUGCUCUGCACUGGCGUAUCUGGAAUAUUGCUCAAUGUACAUAAUCAGACGGCCCUGGCCCGAGAGAGGUGAUGGGAUUUCAAUCUACGCGUAUUCUUGCGCAAACACCACGCAGUACCGUGCCCUACUUGCCCUCGCUUUUUGCUGCCAGGGAAAGUGAUGUUGACUCGAAAUUCCGGAAGUGACGCGCGGAGCGGGAGAUUCAGAAGGCGCGCUAAGAAAGUCGGGAGACUGAAGAGCUGCAGAGGAGUUGGCGCAACUUGGUCUGGGUAUUCGUCUGGGCACGCAGCUGUCACAAGUGUUAGGUCACUAUGGACCAAAAAAUUCUGUCUUUGGCUGCUGAAGAACAAAAUGAUGGACUUCAGAGUUGUCUUCAAAACCUGAAAGAAACCGAGCUUUCAGAAAUCAUAACAAAGCAUGCAGUUAAGGGAAAAGACUGUGGAGCGCUAUUGCGAGGCGUCUUUAAAGGGUCUCCGUGCUCUCAUGAUGUAGCCGUACGCCGAAGGCUCGCGGUUUAUAGACACUGCAUACAGCUUGUUGAGUCCGGGGACUUGCAACGAGAGGUUGCAUCUGAGAUUAUGGGUUUAUUAAUGCUGGAGGUCCAUCAUUUUCCGGGUGCUUCGCUCAUUGAACUGGCUAACUUAUUUGCGGAUGCUGUUAAAGCUGGUACUCUGUCCAAUGGAAAAUCUUUAGAUUUGUUUCCCACAGUACUUACUGCGCUUUCUUCAAAAGAAAGCUUAGCAUAUGGUAAAGGUGAACUUACUGGAGAGGAAUUUAAGAAACAACUUAUAAAUAGCCUUUGUUCUAGCAGAUGGGAUCCACAGAGUGUGAUUUUUCUUACUUCAAUGUUUAGGGAUGUUUCCUUGAGUGCCGAAGAGCUGCAGUUUGUUGUGGAAAAGGUUUUAAGGAUGCUUUCUAAGUUAGACCUCCAGGAAAUGCCCCCCUUAGUUUACCAAUUGCUACUCCUGUCUGCUAAGGGUAGUAAAAAGAAUAUUGUGGAAGGAAUUAUCACUAUAUUUAAUGAUCUUGAUCAGAAGCAGUUAGUACAGCAAGAGAACUCUGAAUCAUUAGACUUGGAAGAUGCAACCAUCCCACAAGACCAGCUGCACCACGUGGAGGGCACAAUCAUUUUACACAUCGUUUUUGCAAUUAAGUUGGACCAGGAAUUAGGAAGAGAGCUUCUGAAGUAUCUCAAGGCUGGCCAACAAGGGGACACAAGCAAGAUCCUUUGCCCUUUCAGUGCUGCCCUCUUGUUAUCUGUAUCAAGGAUUCAUAGAUUCCAAGAACAGGUAUUUGAUUUUCUCAAAUCUACUAUACUGAGAGGUUAUAAAGACCUUCAGUUUCAUCAAAGCUCAAAAUUCCUUCAGGACUUAGUUCCCCAGCCUGUAUGCGUAUCUUCAAUUCUUCUGGAAACUGUUAAAAACAGUGUUUAUGGAUGGGACCAUGUCACUCAAGGGCUUGUGGAACUUGGUUUUAUUUUAAUGGAUUCUUUUGGACCCAAAGCAGCCUUUGGAAAUAAAGUGGUUGAGCUUAUUUCCGUGCAUUCCAGGACACCUUCCCAGCAAGCUUGUCAGCUUGGAUCUAGAAUCUUGCUAGAAACUUUUAAGGUCCAUGAGCCUAUCAGAAGUGAAAUUCUGGAGCAGGUCUUGAAUCGUGUUAUCACAAAAGCUGCAACUCCAGUUACACAUUUUAUAGAUCUUUUAUCAGAUAUUGUGGUUUCUGCUCCGCUCAUCCUUCAGAAUUCAUCAUCUAAAGUUACUGAAGCAUUUGACCACUUGUCCUUCCUGCCUCUUACAACUGUUCAGGGGCUCCUGAAAGCUGUGCAGCCCCUUCUUAAAAUCAGUAUGUCCAUGAGGGAUUCCCUUAUUCUUGUUCUAAGAAAAGCCAUGUUCUCAAGUCAAAUAGAUGCAAGAAAGUCGGCUGUCGCUGGGUUUCUUCUCCUACUGAGGAACUUUAAAGUCUUAGGAAGUCUGUCCUCAUCUCAGUGCAGCCAAGCUAUUGGUGCUAGCCAGAUCCAGGUGGAUGUCCAUAUGCGUUACAAUGCUGCAGCAAAUGAGGCCUUUUGUCUGGAAAUCCUUGGCAGUCUGAGGAGGUGCUUAAGCCAGCAAGCAGAUGUUAGGCUCAUGCUUUACGAGGGUUUCUAUGAUGUCCUGCGACGAAAUUCCCAGCUUGCCAGUUCUGUCAUGCAGACUCUGUUGUCUCAGUUAAAGCGAUAUUAUGAACCCGAACCUGAUCUUUUGCCACCAUUGAAGUUGGAGGGCUGUAUUACUGCUCAAGGGGAUCAUAUAUUUUUGCAGGAACCUCUGGCUCACCUGUUGUGCUGUAUCCACCAUUGCUUGCAGUGGUAUAAGAGCAGUUUACAGCAGCAUAGGAAUCCUGAUGAAGAUGAUGACGAUGAUGACCAAACGGGAUGUCAACAGGACCUUAAUGAUAUAAUGGAGUCCAUCACAAGGAGAAUGAUUAAAUGUGACCUGGAGGACUUUGAAUUAGACAAGUCUGCAGACUUUUCUUUGGCGUCUGGUGUUGGAGUGAAAAAUAACAUAUAUGCUGUUUUGGUAAUGGGGAUUUGUGAAGUCCUAAUAGAAUACAACUUUAUCAUUGCAAAUUUCAGCAAGAGCAAAUUUGAGGACAUUUUGGGCCUGUUUAAGUGCUACAGCAAACUGUCCGAUAUCUUAAAGGAGAAAGCUGCUAAAGGCAGACAGCCUGGGAACAAUAAAACGGCCAGAAGCCUCAUAUCAAUGACUUUUGUUUCUACACUCUUAACUGCUUUAUUCAGAGACAGCACACGCUCACACGAGGAGAGUCUUUCUAUUCUUCGCGCAAAUGUGGAUUUCAUGCGCUAUUCGGUGUGUGUUGCCCUUCAAAAAAUUCAGCAGCUUGAAGAAACUGGUGUCACAGAUGGACCUGAUGGACAGAACAGCGAGAAAAUGUUCCGAAGUCUAUGUGAAAUUACCAGGGUACUUAUGUGGAGAUACACCUCAAUUCCAGCUGCAGCUGAGAAUCCUGGGAAGAAGGACAAAGGCAAAACCAUUUCCUUGCUGUGCCUGGAGGGAUUGCUGAGAGUGUUUAACACCGUUCAGCAACGAUAUCCAUCAAAGAUCCCACAAUUCCUUACUGCGUUGGAUGCCCUAGGGGAUGAGGAUGAAGAAGGCUCAAGAGAAAUCAAUGUGACCGAGAAGGCAGCUUUUCAGAUUAAACAGUUUCAAAGAUCUCUUAUUAACCAACUCAGUGGUGGAGAGGAUGACUUUAACAGCAAAGAAGCUCUACUGUUAGUCAGCAUCUUGUCUACAUUAUCCAGGUUACUGGCCCCCUCUUCUCAACAGUUCGUGCAGAUGCUGUCUUGGACUGUUAAAAUCUGUAAAGAGACAAACAUUGAGGAUGUCCAGUUUUGCAAGGGAAUAAUGAACCUUCUCUUUAGCCUCCAUGUUCAGUUCAAGAGCCCAGUGAGUGUGCUUCGAGAACUGUGCCAGGACAUCCAUGGGCAUCUGGGUGAUAUUGAUCAGGAUAUUGAAGUGGAGAAGCAGUCUCAUUUUGCUACUGUAAGUCUCAAGACUGCAGCCCCGACUGUUACUUUGUUGGUUCUGGGUCAAGCUGCAAAGGUCCUGGAAGAAGUGGACUGGCUGAUCAUAAAGCUGAAAGGACUACUGGGUUCAGAGAAGCUCUCUACGGAAGAUUUAACUCAGACUUCAAAUGCAAGGGUUCCAAUAGAAAAAGCUAUCAUUCUUCAGUUGGGCACACUGCUGACUGCCUGCCAUGAGUUAGUGCAGACUGCUCUACCUGCUGGGAGUUGUACUGACACUCUUCUGAAGGAGCUGGCAAAGAUGUACACCAUCCUCACGUCCGUUGUCAAAUACUACUUACAGAUCUGCAGCAGUCACGGGGGACAGAUUUCUGCUCGGUUGGAGAAGCUGGUGAAGCUUUCGGGUUCUCAUCUUACCCCACAAUGUUAUGCCUUCAUCACAUAUGUACAGAACAUCCACAGUGAAAGUCUAAGCCUUGCUGCAGAAAAGAAGAAGAAAAAGAAGGAAGAGGCAUUGACUGUCACCUCAGCCAAAAUCCUGCGUGAUACUAAGCCCAUACCAAACCUGAUCUUUGCCAUUGAACAGUAUGAGAAGUUUCUCAUUCAUCUCUCCAAGAAGUCCAAGGUGAACUUGAUGCAAUACAUGAAGCUGAGCACCUCAAGGGACUUCAGGAUAAAUGCAGCCACACUAGAUGCAGCUUUACAAGAGAAAGGGUCUGAAGAUGAAGAGAAUGAGCCAGAUAAUGAACAGGCUGUAACAGAAGAAGAAAGUCAAGAACCAAAGAAGAAGAGGCGCAGAAAAUAAACGUCACCCCCUUUCCUCAUGAGCAGAAGAGACAAAUAGACGACAAAUGCACUUUCUCUGAAGGAAUUCAAACUUCUUUAUUCCUCUGAAUUGUUAAAUUUUUGCAUUGAUACUCGAGUUCCACAAAAUAGAAACUUUUCUAUUCCAAAUUGUUUAAAAAAAACAAACCAGAGAAUAUCCAAUAUGGCAUCUCUUCACUGCAAACGGUGGUACUUUAAAGGAACAGUUCAGUGUAAA